GUCGCGCUCUCCGCGGUUUUUUAGAGGCGCACUCCUCGCACCUGUGGUGGCAGCAUCACAUUUUGAUUGCCAGAGAUCACACGUUCCGCUUGCGCUUGCUUUUGCCGCGUAAAAACGCUUAGAAAGCGGAAACGCCGCCGGCGCUGUGCAGCGCUGCGAGUUACAGCACGCGCACGCAUUUACUCACCGCCGCCGCGGCCCAACGAGACGCAGCGCUACAGCUGAAGAACUACAAAAGAUGCUGCACACCCUCGGCGCCCGCUUAGCGGACGCGGCGUCGAGCGCCGCGGACGGUCUGCUGGGCGGCCAGCCCUACGCGGCAAGACUCGCGAGGGCCAGCGUCAAGGCGGGCUACCUCCACGGUCUAGGCGAGAACCACCAGUGGAAGCGGCGCUUCUUCGUCCUGAAGCCGACGACGAUGCUGUAUUAUUUCGGCAGCGACGCCGACGAGGAGCCGCUCGGCUGUGUGGACGUCGAGGCUUUCACUUCUGUAUCUUGCAGAGAAGUGCAUCAAGACGGCCGCGUGACGAUUGAAUUGGCGCGGGCCGCGCCGCCGGGCGCGGACAACGCCAAGCCCCUGAUCUUCUCGUUGCGAGCGCCCGGCGAGAGCGAAGGCUACGGCUGGAUCGACGCCCUCAAGGGGAGUUCCUACGCGCGCCUGAAAGAAGCGAAUGAAGUGAUGAGGCAGCAGUGCGACGAUUUUGCUGCUGAUAUAUCUUCCUUGGAACGCGCGGCGGCCGCCGCUUCAGAAGCGGAGCAGCAGGCGAAACGUUCAGCUUUGGCGGCCGACGCGCGGCGCCAGCGCGUUCUAGAUGGCGUCGCGUCGAUCUAUGAACGCGGCGUCGCGCAGCGCGACGACGUGAGGCCGCCCGUUCCCGGUGAUGAUGAUGCUUUAUUGGCGGCCGUCGAGGCGUUGUUAGAUGCUCAUUCAGCAGAUUUGGCCUCCCUAAAACAAGAACACGAGGCCCAGGCGGAAAAACGGCGAGAGGCGGGACAGCAUUUGGCAGCGGAGCUCGCGGAGGCCCAGCAGCAAGCGAGAGACGCGCAGGCCGACGUGGCCGCGCUGCGGACGGCGAACGAUGCGCUGCGGGCGCGCCACAAGCUCUUGGUGAGAGAGGUGAAGAAGAGCCGGUCCGCCCAAGCAGGGCCGCCCGCGGAAGACACCGACGAGGCGUCGCAGGAGGAGGCGCCGGCAGCACCGGAACCCGCCGUGCCGCCGUCGCCGGAGCCGGAGGACGACGAAGAGGCAGCAAGGGCGUCCGACGCGCGGCGCGCGGCCUUCCGCGCCGACAUCCGGCAAGCGCUCGACCUGAAUGUCGCGCGGACGGCGGCCGCGGAGUUCGAGCGCCAGGGCCUCUCGGCGCCGGACGACGACGCCGCCAUUGAUUCUGAAAAGCCCGACGAGUCUUGGUUAGAGACCGACGAGGACGCGCCGAUCGCGGGCCUCCCGGGCGUGCAAGUACUAAAAUACGAGCGGCCGACGAUCGGCAUCAACUUCGAGGUCCGCGAGGCGGCGUUGGUCGUGAGCGGCACGACGGACGCCUACGAUGCUGCUUUGGAGAAACCUAUCAUAGGGAGCCGCCUCGCGGCGCUGAACGGCGAGUCGUGCGUCGGCGAGGCGCCGGACGUCGUCAUGGAGCGGCUGCGCAACGCGAGCCGGCCGCUCGAGCUCGAGUUCUGGAGCCGUGGCGCCAAGGCGGCGAGCUGACUAAUGUGAUCAAAG